AUGGCCUCGUCCCUGUGUGCUCCAUCCAUCGAGAGCACGAUGGAGGACUUGCAUGAGCCAUCUCGUGUGCUCGGGUCUCUUAUGAUCACCAUCUACGUUCUCGGAUAUGCAAUAGGCCCCCUAUUCCUGGCCCCUCUAUCCGAAAUUUACGGCCGAUAUCCGGUGGUCAUGAUAUCUUCUUGGAUGUUCGUGGCCUGGCUCCUCGGGUGCAGCUUCGCGCCCAACAUGCCGAGUCUCAUCAUCAUGCGUUUCCUAGCCGGAGUUGGUGGAUCGGCCAUCAUCACCAUCUCACCGGCUGUUGUGGGAGAUCUGUAUCCUGUCGAACGGCGGGCUUUUGGUUCGGCGAUCAUUGUAGGCAGCCAAUCGCUGGGUCCUAUCAUUGGACCAAUUUGUGGAGGGUUCAUCACGGAAUAUCUUAGUUGGCGAUGGGCAUACUGGAUCCUGGUGCUGUGUGCUGGAUCUUCCACUGCCAUAAUCACGCUCUUCAUGCAAGAAUCCAACGCUGUUGUUCUUCUAGAGCGGAAGGUCAGAAAGUUGAGAAAGACGCUCGGGAGACCUGAGCUGGUGUCAGCAGUUCAAAACCGGAUGCCUGCUCAUGAGCUGUUGAAACUGCUGGCCAAAUCCCCAAUCGUCUUGUUUAUAAGCAUCUAUGUUGCGACGGCGUAUGGCUUGCUGUACCUCAUGUUCACUACCCUUCCGACAGUCUUUCAAGAAGCAUAUGGCUGGUCCCUCCAGCUCACAGGCCUCUCAUAUCUUGGAUGUGAGCUUGCAACUUUCUUAUCAUACCCGCCGUCAUUGCUUAAGGCUGACCAUUUACGCAGUGGGACUUGGGACAUUUCUGAAAUGAGAUUGGCCACGACACCAUACUGUGGAAUCAUGCUCCCGAUGUCUCUGAUAUGGUAUGGCUGGGUAACAGACAAACAUUCUCACUGGCUCUCGGCUAUUGCUGGCACCGUGCCUUAUGGUAUUGGUAUGUUAGGCAUCUUCCUUCCGUUUCAGACAUAUAUGGUCGAUGCGUUCCCCCUUCAUGCUGCCUCCGCUGUUGCCGCCCCAACAGUUAUGCGUUCGCUGUUCGCAGCAUUUCUACCGCUGGCGGCGCCUCCGCUCUAUCAGAGCCUGGGUCUGGGCUGGGGGAAUACCUUAUUGGGAUUUUUGGCCUUGAUCAUGGUUCCCAUUCCGAUGGUGUUCUACAGGUACCGUAUCAUUGUGGAGUCCCGCCGGCUUGUCUCUCUAAUCCGAAAUGUAGGCAUGGUGGUAAAAUUAGAAGGAGAUUCCCUGUUUAUUUGUGACGGUGGAAAAGUUCGGGAAAUUUUCUAUAGACCGGCAAAAUAG